AUGCUCGUCGACAAGUACAAGCCCAUGCGCGGCGGGUCCAUGCGUUCCGCCGAGGAGAAGCUCAAGCAGGCGCUCCCGAAGGUGCGCUCCGCGGACGGCUUCGCGAGCGCAUCCAGCGUCGGACUCGUUGCAGGGGAGGUCGCGGGCCCGAGUCCGAGCGCGAGCACUGGCUCGAACCCGCUGCAGGAGCAUGUCCCCAUGCGCCACAUCCGCCCGGAUGAGCCCAUCCUCCCCGGUAUUCCCGGACAUCAACCGUGGCACACCACCUUCACCGUGCCCUCGCAUGCGAGCUCGAGCAUACGAUACGGCAACAUACCUCAGCCGCCCCGCGCGCCCGCGCGCGAGGGCCCUUUCGCAGGUGGUCUUCCGCUCGACGACAAGGCGCGCCGAGCGGAGCUCGAGACGCGGCGGCGGAUGCAGCAAGGUGUGCGGCUCUCGCGCGCGCGCGACUCAACGCUCGACUACCGCCUCGGCCAGUACAAGGGCGGCGCAGCGGACCAGGUGCGGCGGCCAAACCCAGUGACGCUCAAGGGGUGGGCGAGUCUGGUCGAGGAUCGAAUAGAGAAAGCACGACAGGCGGGGCACUUCAAGAACAUCAGGGGGAGAGGCCAGCCGAUGGUCCGCGCAACGGAGGACAAGAACCCCUUCAUUGGGAGAGAAGAGUUCCUCAUGAACCGCAUUGUACAGCGGCAAGGUGCAGCUCCGCCGUGGGUAGAGAUUCAGGGAGAGCUCGAGACGGCCGUGCAUGCCUUCCGCGAAAUCGUCAAGCAGUCCUGGACAAGGCGCGCGCUCCGCACCCUCACGGCCCUGCACCCUGCGUCCCUCCUUCCCCGCCUCACCCUCGACGACGUUACCGCGAUGCGCGACCCAGAAUGGGAAGCCAAAGAACGCUCGUAUCACGAAACGGCGCUCGAAGAGCUGAACAGCCUUGUGCGCAAGUAUAACGGGUUGGCACCGUAUGCCGUCAGACGAGCCUACUACAUGCGCAGCGUGGAGCUCGAGCGUGUGUACAAGGAGGCUGGAGAAGACAUCUUGGAGGGUUUCACCGAACGAGCCAAGCAGGGUGGUGCGCUCCCGAGAAGGCCUGGCUUCGGCGAUGAGGAUGAAGGCGGGGGUGGGGCAGGUGAUGGAGCAGGCAGAAGCUUCGGCUUGCGGGACAUGUUCAGAGACCUUGUCGCUGCGAUCCGCGGGCGAUAG